UGUCAGUUUUCCUUUAUUUUUUAUUUUUUUCGCCUUUGCUGUUUUUAUUGACCAGACUCGUUUAUUUAUGCACCUUUGUUUAUGUAUCGCCAUUUCUGACCACUUGUCCAAACCGGGAAUCUUUUUCGGGGCGCCAUCUCUUGGGUAUAAAAGCCACCGGCACUGUGGCCACCAGGUGCAGUCAAUUUUUGGAUUAAACAGCUCCGCAGUUACCUUCGCAUAUCAAAAUGAAGUACAUCGUAUUGGCUCUUUUCGUUUGCCUCCUGGCUGUGGCUUUGGUCGCCGCCGUGCCCGUCGACGAGUCGCUGCAGGGUGACAACAUCUAUGGCCAGGCUGAUGUGCAUAAUCCCCACGAUCCCCAGGCCAUAUUCAAGCUGAAGAAACUGAAGAAGCUGCUGCUCGGCUAAGGCCGCAAGGUUGCCAGCCAAUCCUGUUGACUCUAGUCCAUGUACAAACAACAACAAACACAUAACCAACUGGGAACCUAACCUCUCCGCUUGGGCCUAGGCACUAUGCUGCAUUUAACCCUUCGCUUAGAGAUAAACACAAAUCACUCACAUUCACAGCUUAAUCGUAAACUUAACUAAAUAAAUAUAAU